AUGCCUUCCUUCACUUUCUCUCCCUGUGCAAACUGUACCUUUUCUUACAUCCCCUUACACCUCCCCAUCGCCAGUGCCAACACCUUCCCCAUCGCCAGUGCCGACACCCUCCCCAUCGCCAGUGCCAAAACCCUCCCCAUCGCCAGUGCCAACACCCUCCCCAUUGCCAGUGCCAAAACCCUCCCCAUCGCCAGUGCCAACACCCUCCCCAUCGCCUGUGCCAACACCCUCCCCAUCACCAGUGCCAAAACCCUCCCUACCGCCAGUGCCAACACCCUCCCCAUCGCCAGUGCCAACACCCUCCCCAUCGCCAGUGCCAAAACCCUCCCCAUCACCAGUGCCAACACCCUCCCCAUCGCCAGUGCCAACACCCUCCCCAUCACCAGUGCCAACACUCUCCCCAUCACCAGUGCCAAAACCCUCCCCACCACCGGUGCCAACACCCUCCCCAUCACCAGUGCCAAAACCCUCCCCAUCACCAGUGCCAACACCCUCCCCAUCGCCAGUGCCAAACCCUUCCCCACCUCCUCCCACGUGAAGGAGAUGGCUAGCAAGCACCACCCCAACUUGGUGCGCCUGUUGGGAUUCUGUGUGAACUUUGACCCGGCUACGAGUCUCGUGGAGCAAGUACUUGUGUACGAGUUCAUGGUCAAUCGGGACCUCGAGAGCUGGAUUGGACCAGGUGCUCCAAGCCCCCUUUCAUUCUUGCAACGACUUGACAUUCUGAUUGGGGUUGCCAAGGGGUUGCAUUAUCUUCAUGAUUUUGGCAUUGUGCACCGCGACAUCAAGCCAGCCAACAUUCUUCUUGAUGCAAAAAUGCAAGCCAAGAUCGCAGACUUUGGGCUGGUGAAACUCACUGGAGGCACCGCUAUGGGAACUUCUGUAGCUGCCACUCGAGUGAUGGGAACACCAGGCUAUGUGGACCCUGCCUACUACAAGUCCCACAAGGCCACUCCAGCAGCAGACAUGUACAGCUAUGGUGUGGUGAUGUUGGUGGUCAUCUCAGCACGCAAGGCCGUGCAUGUGAGCGAGACCAGCCAGAUCAGCCUGAAGCAAUGGAUCGCCCCAUUCGUGGAGUCAGAUGCUGUGGCAGUCUUCAAGGACCCCCACUUGGACGCACCAGAUGACUUGGUGCUGCGCUGGGCUCGCCUUGCCCUCUCCUGCACCGCCAUGCCUGUGGCCUCUCGCCCCUCCAUGAGUCAAGUGCUGGGGGAGCUGGUGAAGUUGAAGCAGGAGGCGUCCGGAGCACAUGAGAGCCAUGUGGGCGAGGCAAAAUCUCGCAUCGACAUGGAGCUUGGGAGUUUCGGUGGCUCCUCCAGCUUCACUGCAGAAAUGGCCCGUGCGGAGCGUGAGGGGGGCAUGCCAAGUGGUUCUUCCUCGUAA